AUGUGUCGGUCGUCAUUGCAAUCUAAUGUAAUUUCCGAUUCUGUAAAAUGCUACUCCAAAAUUCACGACUAUCAUUUCAUUCUGGUUCGAGACUCGGACUAUAUUGCAUGUAACCAUAAAGAUAAAUUUUUCCGUCGUCAUUGCAUUACUGCACAAAUCCUCCCGAAGUAUGAUGCCGUAAUGUUUCUUGAUGCAGACAUUGGUGUCGUUAAUCCAAAACGAAAAAUCGAAGAGUUUCUGAGCGAUGAAAUCGACGUGGUGUUAUACUACAGAUUCUAUAAUUGGGAGAUCGCAGCAGGUUCCUAUAUUGUCAAAAAUACUCCAUACGCAUUGGAAUUUUUGAAAGAAUGGGCAGACUAUGAAUCAAAACUACCAAAAAGUUUCCAUGGAACAGAUAAUGGAGCGAUUCAUCUUCUACUAGCGGAGAAGAUUUUUACAAGUUCCGAUGUUGAACUUGAAAUGUGUCGAAAAGUCUACAAUAUUUCAAAAUGGUACGACGAUCUCUUCACUUACGAAGCUUGUAUCAAAAACAUGUUCGGAUCUGGUACUGACUUUGGGAAAAUUCGAAUCAUGAAAAAGGGAACCGGGUGGACAAGGGAUUGCUGGCUGACGAGUUGCCAAUGGCAUCCAGAAACAGAUUUUAUGCUUCAUGGCUGGAAAAGUGGACAGCUCAAAGAGACACCAGUAAACAAGACACGACCAAACCAAAUGAGUCGAAUCCAAUGGUAUAACCCGUUCCUCGGCCCGAUGGAUCUUUUGAGAUGCAAUCCAGAAAACACUACCUGGUCUUAUAAUCUCAACUUGCUAGGAAGUAAAUUUGAAAUAACGAACAGUUUGAGGAAAUAUGAAGAGGAAAUUGCAAUGAUGCAGGCAAAAUCGUACGCGAGGAUUGUGAAUUUGUUGGAGCCAAAUAAAAACACUACGGAGAAACCCAAAUGA